UUCUUGUUUGUUAUAACGCAAAUCCAUCGUUGCAAACACAAACAUUUCAGUGCCCAAUAGUAACUUGAAUCUUUUGAUCAAUCUGUUUUUUAGUUGUUGAUCUUCCUUGUUUUUGUGUUUUACAAUAUUUCAUCGUUGUUUGAAUAUGGCGGAGCACCACAUUAAGCCGAGUUAUGAGUCAGAGGCCGCGCCUGUUCGUGAUGAUCAUCAGGGAGGAGUUGAGACCAAGGACCGUGGGUUGUUCGAUUUCUUGGGGAAGAAAGAGGACAAGAAGCCCCAAGAGGAGGCGCUCGUUUCAGAGUUUGAGAAAGUCUCGGUGUCUGAACCUAAGCCAAAGGUUGAUCAGGGAUAUUACAAAGAUGAGCCAAAGGUAGAUCAGGGAUAUUACAAAGAUGAGCCAAAGGUAGAUCAGGGAUAUUACAAAGAUGAGCCAAAGUUUGAUCAGGGACAUCACAAGGAGGAGCCGAAGCCAAAGGUUGAGGGAUAUUACAAAGAGGAGCCGAAGGUUGAGGGAUAUUACAAGGAGGAGCCUAAGGUAGAGGAAUAUUACAAAAAGGAUGAAGAGAAGGACAAGAAGGAACAACACGGUCUCUUGGGGAAACUCCACCGAUCUGGCAGCAGUUCCAGUUCUUCUAGCGAUGAGGAAGGUGAUGAUGAAGAAAAGAAGAGAAGGAGGAGGGAAAGGAAGGAAAGGAAGGAAAAGAAGGGGCAUACACUCAAGGAGAAGAUAGCAGGAGAGAAGGAAGAGGAGAAGCACGUUAAGUACGAGGAGAAGCACGAGAAGUACGAGGACACUAGCGUCCCGGUACAUGUUGAGAAGUACGAAGAGGAAGUAGCACAUGUUCCUGCGGAGCCGGCGGUCCUACCUGAGGAAAAGAAAGGCUUCCUUGACAAAAUCAAGGAAAAACUUCCAGGCAGCCACAAGAAGGCUGAAGAGGGACCUCUUUCUCCUCAGACUCCUCCUCCUACUUCGACCGAUUACGCCGCUGCUGCACCGCCGCCUUAUGAAGGCGAGGCGAAGGAGAAGAAGGGCAUUUUGGAGAAGAUCAAGGAGAAGAUCCCUGGAUACCACCCCAAGACCGAGGAAGAGAAGGAAAAGGAGAAGGAGAAACAGUCUGGUUAUUAAGAAGACUUUCUGCAUGUGUUUGAAGAAAGUAUUGAUGAUGAUCAGUGUGUACGCUUUGCUUGUUUAUUAUGAAUUAUGAUUGGUUUUUUUUUGCUUUUUAUUUUUUAUUUUGAGGCUUGUAAACUUUGUUUUUUAAGACCUUUGUAUGUUGUGCUUGUACCUAAGUUGGUUUAGGUGAAAAUAAUGAAAGGAAACAGGUUGUUAAUUUCU